CCGGCUGACGUGUGAAGAGCGGCUUUGUAAGUCAAGUGAUGAGUGCCCGGUCAAGUGCAAGCUUGAGUGGAGACUGAGCCAGGAGGAAAAAGGGGCCGUGGCCGCCCGCGGGGAGAAGCGUCAAUGCCGCCGCCUGAAGUGGGGCAAAGGUCGCGCGUGGGACCCACCGCCUGCGGCGGCCCAGACGCUCAGGUUCUCGUGCCGGAAGCCGGCGGAGGCGUUUUCGUUUUCAAGAUCAUAGGGAAAACAGAAUUUUUCAUAAAAGGAUUUUUUUCCCCCUUGAAGACGGUACACUUUUACCAGGGUCAUCUUUCGGCCUUCCUUUUCCUAAUAAACUCGAAACAGUGAUCUCUUUCAUAUAUUCAUCUGUUACCUGGUGUCAAAUGAGGCUGCUUCAACUCCUCGGCGUUUCGGUUAAGUUUGGAGCUGAUUAUUAGAUAACAGAUAACUGAUUUAUGGGCACCUGAGUUCAGUCCUGAGCGAUGCCAUGUCGGAGGUUUUGAGUUUAUGGGCCUCAGGUUUAUCACCUCUUUGGGAAGAGGAAACUAGCACCUUGGAUGUAAUACACGACACCAAUUCGCGUUAAAUCGUGAAAUCCGUCGACGACUUUUCUAAGACUUCAGAGGAGGAAGGGAUCCAUGCAAAAAAAAAAAAAAAAAAGAAUCAGGGGAACAUUCCAAGAAGAGGCCCAUCUUCACGUUUAGAUGAGAUUUCACUUCAUCUCUAUUUCACAGCACAAUCCCUAGAAUAAUCUUUGAAAACCUAGUCCCUGGGAUCCAGAAAGUCUCAGCGCAUGUCUGUUGCAUUGCACGGGUGAAUGAAGGCAAGAAUGCAACUAGCUGGAUACUCUGGAGUUUCUGCUUCACGUCUCUUUUCUCCACUGUGUUCAUGCACAGGAUGCAGGUACAUGGCUAAGCCCCGGACAUCUGCUGCUUCUUAUGCAGGAUUCCACAAUUGCCUCCUGGUGAAUUCUUGAUGGAUUUUUCUCCUGGUUGCUGAUGACUCCUGGGAAGGAGAGAUGGCCGUGAUCAGGCUGGGGUUUGGAAGGCAGCAUCUUGGUCUGUUAAAAAGGAGGAGCUUCUUGGUGUCGAAACUCAUAGCUGUUGUCUUUGCUGUGCUUCUAUUUUGUGAAUAUUUAAUUUAUUACUUAGUGAUCUUUCGAUGCGAUUGGCCUGAGGUGAAAACUCCAGCCCAUAACAGUGGACAAGAGACCCUGAAAGUCAUGUUUUUGGCUGAUACCCACUUGCUUGGAGAAGUACGAGGCCAUUGGCUAGACAAGUUACGAAGGGAGUGGCAAAUGGAGAGAGCCUUCCAGACAGCUCUGUGGUUGUUGCAGCCAAAAGUCGUCUUCAUCCUAGGGGACAUCUUUGAUGAAGGGAAGUGGAGCUCACCCCAGGCCUGGGCGGAUGAUGUGGAGCGGUUUCAGAAAAUAUUCAGACACCCACGUCAGGUGCUGUUGAAGGUGGUUGUUGGUAACCAUGACAUUGGCUUCCACUAUCAGAUGAGCACAUACAAAGUAAAACGAUUUGAGAAAGUUUUCAAUGCUGAAAGGCUGUUUUCUUGGAAAGGAAUUAAUUUUGUGAUGGUCAACAGCGUCGCCCUGGAAGGGGACGGCUGCAACAUUUGCUCUGAAGCAGAAGCUGAACUCAUUGAAAUUUCUCGCAAACUGAAUUGCUCCCGAGAGCAGGAACAUCGCUCCAGCCUGUGCGGACAUGAGCAGCCGCUGCCCGCGUCAGCCCCGGUCCUUCUGCAGCAUUUCCCCCUUUACCGGAGAAGCGAUGCUAAUUGUUCUGGGGUGGACGCCGCACCUCUGGAAGAGCGGGGCAUCCCCUUUAAGGAGAGAUACGACGCGCUUUCCCGGGAGGCCUCACAAAAGCUGCUCUGGUGGCUCCGGCCGCGCCUGGUGCUGAGCGGCCACACGCACAGCGCCUGCGAGGUGCUCCACGGGAUGGGGACCCUCGAGAUCAGCGUGCCAUCCUUCAGUUGGAGGAACAGAAACAACCCCAGUUUCAUCAUGGGCAGUUUGACCCCCACAGAGUACGCCCUCGUCAAGUGCUUCCUCCCCUGCGAGAACACCGUCCUGGCCACGUACUGUGUCACAGCUGGGUUCCUCGUGUUAGUCCACUUUAAGCUCCUAGCCUCGCCUUUUCUCUUUGGUUGGAACCUGCUCAGAAAACUGAAGACAACGUAAAGAGCAGAAGAUGUUUUCGCACUUCUUAACAAAUAACAAAGCCAAGGGAACGGAACUCUGGGUAGUGCUCACGCGAGAAGGGGUCCAAGUAGGCGGUCUUUAUACCCAUCACAGAAACUGUAAAUCACGGAUGCGAAUUCCUGCAGGAUAAAUAGUUGAUUGUACUGUUCUCAUGCUAUAAAAACAGAACACGUACUCUACAACAAGUCUGUUUUCUCAUUUUAUCAAAUAUAUGUAUAACCAAAGAUUGUGUCUGUACAAUAUGUAAAGGCUGUUAAAGUCUCACUCGCAUGCACUACGUUGUCCUUCCUUCCCCGAGAUGGAGCCGGCACCUGGGAUUCUGUGCGCACAAAUACUGGGCUUGCUUCUGUCGCCCUACGAUGUGGGCCUCAGACUCCUGUGUAUUAUAAAGCUGUACACUUAAAAUGAAACUACAGAUGCCACAAGCAGGAAUGUAUUGUUUUCACAGACUUUUGUACUUCGUUGCUCAUAAUGGAAUCAGAUUUUUAGCGGACUGUAAUUUUCUCUCCAGCAGGCCAUGCUGUUAAAUCUGAAUUUAAUGCCUGCCCAUGUCAGAUCAAAAGAAACUUGACAAAGAGCAGGAAGUGGCUUUUGGUACUUAAAAAUAAAUAUGUUUUAAUCAUUUUAA